GUCCUUUCUCUUUCUGGAACAGGUCGGUGAGGAGAUCCACGGAGCCGUUUGGAGGCAUCCAGCUGAUCGUCUGUGGGGACUUCCUUCAGCUUCCUCCAGUUUCUAAAGGGAAGGAAAAGGCCAGCUUCUGCUUCCAGGCCAGGAGUUGGCGGAAGGUCAUCCAGGUCAACAUGGAGUUGACAGAAGUAAGGAGGCAAACGGACCAGAGCUUCAUCUCCGUCCUGCAGGCAGUAAGGGUGGGCAGGGUGACGGAGGAAGUCACAGCCAAGCUGCUGAAGAGCGCCUACCAUCAGAUAGAGCGGGACGGGAUCCUGGCCACCAGGCUGUGUACGCACAAGGACGACGUAGAGCUCACCAACCAGAACAAACUCCAGCAGCUGCCAGGUCUGAAUAUCCUCCCUUAUUUCCCUUCCUCACACUGAUGCAGGACCAACCGGACGCCGCUGGAGUUCUGCUCCCUGAGCCUAAACUGAACAGUAAACCAAUUAAUCGGCUUCCACCUGAAGGUGUUUUGCUUUAUUUCGUCUCCACAGGAUGCAGUUUUCAGCUUCUUAGAAAUGUUUCCAGUACGGUGUAGUAGCUCUAUGU